CAGUGUGGCAUUGCAUAGCGAGUGGAAGCGCCUGCUUGCUUCUUUAAAGUAUACUCGUAUGAGCAACACAACCACGACUCACCUCUUCUUUUAAAGAUGUGGACAGAAGUCGGGAAGCUAAUGCUCUUACAUUUGUUGCUAAUGGAGCUCCACUCCACCCAAGGAACUCAUACUGAUACGAAUUGCGAAACGGGUCAGUUUCAAUGCAAGAACGGACGGUGCAUACCUACCCUCUGGAGAUGUGACGAGGACGAUGACUGCUCUGACAACAGCGAUGAAGAAAACUGUCCAAAGAAGACAUGUGCCACCACAGACUUUGCGUGUGAGAAUGGCCAGUGUGUUCCCCAGCGGUGGCGCUGUGACGGAGAGCCGGAGUGUGCCGACGGAUCAGACGAGGCCGACGCUACAUGCAGUCGACAGAUGUGCCCACCUGAGAAGUUUGACUGCGGGGAUUCAGCCAGCAAGUGCAUCUCAUCGUCAUGGCGAUGUGACGGGGAGAGGGACUGUGAGAACGGGGCAGACGAGGACCAGUGUUCCGCAGACACCAAGGCCUGCCCCGCCAAGGACUUCCAGUGCCGCAACAGGAAAUGUGUGGCGCCCGUCUUUGUGUGCGACGGCGACGACGACUGCGGGGAUGGCAGUGAUGAGGAGAAGUGUUCCACCCCCACCUGCGGCCCCCAUGAGUUCCGCUGUAACGACUCGGAGUGCAUCCCGAACCUGUGGAGCUGCGACGGGGACCCGGACUGCGGGGAUAGGUCUGACGAGUCUGUGGAGCGCUGUAGUCGCCGGACGGAGCCCCAGAAGCCCCGGUGCCCCGAGGGGGAGUUCCAGUGUGGCAGUGGAGAGUGUGUCCACCUCAACUGGAAAUGUGACGGAGACGCAGACUGCAAGGACAAGUCGGAUGAGGCUGACUGCGCUCUGCUGACCUGCCGUCCAGAUGAGUUCCAGUGUGGUGAUGGAUCCUGUAUUCAUGGCAGCAAACAGUGUAACGGGGUUCGUGACUGUCCUGACUUCAGCGAUGAGGCUGGCUGUAUCAACGCCACUAAGUGUGAUGGCCCCAGGAAGUUUAUGUGCAAGAAUGGAGAGUGUAUCGACAGCAGCAAGGUGUGUGAUGCCAUCGAAGACUGCAAGGACUGGUCAGACGAACCUAUGAAGGAGUGCGGUGUGAAUGAGUGCGCAGACAACAAUGGAGGCUGCUCUCACGUCUGCAGAGACCGGAGGAUCGGCUAUGAGUGUGACUGUCCCGCUGGAUACAAACUAAUGGACAAGAAGACCUGUGGAGACAUAGACGAGUGUGAGAACCCUGAUGCCUGCGGCCAGAUCUGCGUCAACUACAAAGGAGACUACAAGUGUGAAUGUUACGAGGGCUAUGAGAUGGACCCCAGCACCAAAACCUGCAAGGCCGUGGGGAAGAGCCCGUACCUGAUGUUCACCAACCGUCACGAGAUCCGUCGUAUUGACCUAGUGAAGAAAGACUACACCCAGGUGGUCCCCACGCUGAAGAACGCUGUAGCCCUGGAUGUGGAUGUCACCACCAACAAGAUGUACUGGUGUGACCUCUACCACCGCAAGAUCUACAGUGCAUACAUCAACAAGGCCAGUGAUUUGUCGGAGCAGGUGACUCUGAUCGAGACAGCUCUAACCUCUCCAGAGGGCUUGGCAGUAGACUGGGUUCACAAGAACAUCUACUGGACCGACUCCGGAGACAAGACCAUCUCUGUCGCCACUGGAGACGGCAAGAAGAGGAGGAUCCUGAUCGCCACGGAGCUGAGUGAACCACGUGCUAUCGCUGUGGACCCCCGACAAGGGUUUAUGUACUGGUCUGACUGGGGGACCCAGGCUAAGAUAGAGAAGGCUGGCAUGAACGGAGUGGACCGCCAGGUACUAGUGUCAGAGAGGAUUGAAUGGCCCAACGGCAUCACUCUGGACCUAUCUAACAGGCGUCUCUACUGGGUGGACUCUAAGCUGCACCUGCUCUCCAGCAUUGACCUAAACGGUGACAACCGCAAAGUGCUGCUGAGCUCCCAGAACCACCUGGGGCACCCCUUCGCACUCACUGUCUUCGAGGACCGUGUGUACUGGACAGACCUGGAGGAUGAGGCGAUCUACAGUGCUAACAGGCUAACAGGCCGCGACGUGGCUACGCUAGCCGAACACCUCAACAACCCUCUGGACGUAGUGGUGUUCCACGAACUACGGCAACCCAGAGCUCCAGACAGCUGUAACAUGGGCAGUCUACCUAACGGGGGCUGCCAGUACCUGUGUCUCAAAGCCCCACAGAUCACAGACCACUCCCCCAAGUACACCUGCGCCUGCCCCGAUGACAUGGAGCUAGGGCCCGACAUGAGGCGCUGUGUCACAGUCAAACCCAAGACAACCACAGCAGCUCCUACCACAACCUCCACUACUUCCACCCCAGCUCCGACUACAACCACUACUACAACCACAGCUACUUCUACAACCACGACUCCAACCAGUACAACCACAGCUGCUCCUACAACCACCUCCACAACUGCGCGACCACAUACGGCCAAAACCACACAUCAGCCCAGCACCACGCGGUCGACCACAGCUUCUACAACGUCCCCCCCUCCUCCUCCCCCCAGGACCACAGCUUCAUGGAGGACACCCCCCUCCACCUCCUCAUCCACCACCACGUUGCCUGCAACCUCCACCCCUGGUCCCCGCUCCACCUCCACACACAGCCCCCCUCUACCCCCGAACAACAUUCAAAGAGAGAACGCUAACCUCUCCCACCGCUCUGGGAAUGAACACUACCUUCUGGGUAACAACAUAACAGUGGCGAUCCUGGGUAUAGUGAUCCCUGUAGUUCCUAUCCUUGCCACAGUGGUCAUCGGCCUGCUCUGCACCGCCGGCUUCCUGGUCUGGCGUAACUGGCGCCGGAAGAACACCAAGAGUAUGAACUUCGACAACCCUGUCUACCGCAAGACCACGGAGGACGACGAUGACGAGAUUCACAUCGGCCGUACGGGAGAGUCCAUCGGUCACGUCUACCCCGCUGUGAGUGGCAGCGCCCACCAGCCAUUCAUAGCCCUGCCCCUGGGGGGCGGGAUCACAGACAGCAACUCCCAUUGGUACUCUGGGGCACCCGUGCACCCUGCCGGCAAAUGAGUUGAGAGUGGGUGGGACUUGGAAGCAGAGAGAGGGUUUUGGGUGUGUGGGUCGGCGGAAGUCUCCUUAGGUCUGUGGAAGAAAGGGAGAGGCUUACAUCCUCACACACACAUACACACACACUUAAGUAACAAAAUCAUUCCAAACCCACCCUUGGUCAAAAACACUCACAUUGACGUUGAGCCCUUCAUCACCAGUCUACCACCACAUUAUCACUCCCUCCAUUCACCACUUGACAGUGUGUGUUAGUGUGCUAUCGUUGUGCGUUAGGGAAGCACAGCGCUCGGUGUUUUGAGCUUUAUCUUCUCACCUCGGAAGACUUAUACUGUAUCCCAAGUGACACCCCAUUCCCUAUAUAGUGCACUGCAUUUGAUCAGAGCCCUAUGGACCUAUAUAGGGAAUAGGGUGCCAUUUGAGAUUCAGACUUAGUGAAGGGAGAAUCCAUUCCCUGGUUUUGUUCCUUUGGAGUGUAAAUUAGGCACGAGGGGAACAAAAACCAGGACAGAAAUUGCACCUUAUAGACGAUGGGACAAUCUUUAAUCAUAUUAAUUUAUUCCAGAUUAUUCCGGUUUUAUAUGUAUUUCUCUAUGUAAAUAAGUGUUUUGUUUUUCUAGCAAUGUAUUUGUAAGGUAUCUUAGAUACAGACGAGCUGGUAAACAUGAACAUGGACCAGAGCAGACAAAGACAAAGAGGUGGGAUGGGUUAGCGCUAGGACCAGUUGGCAUGGUGACACGUGUGGCUGUGGUGGCGCCGCGUGGUAGAGACAGCGGUAGAUGGGCGUAGGUGACAGGUUAUACACGCAGACACACACACACAGUUGGUAUGCUACAGUGUUGUGCUGAGAGGCCAUGCUGAAAACCUGCUCCCCUUCAGAGUGCGUAGUGGGGAACAAGCUUCCACCUGUGCUUUUGCUCUUCUCCUCCACUGCUCCUCUCCUUUACCGUACUGUAUGUUAGCUGGAUGGUGUGUCAGUCAAAUAGAGACGUCAAAGUGGCCUGAGGUGGAUCAGGCGUCCUUCUCUGUAAGCGCAUGCAGCUCUCCUCACGUCACGGCCAAAUCAGUGUGCGGGGGAUCGAGAGACGAGGAGGAAAAGGAGUGUGGGAUCUGCAAGGAGAGCUUCUCUUCUCUCUCCUGCUCUGUCGCUUCUCAGAUUUCUCUUUCCUCUGUUGCUCUUUUCUUCACCAACAAAAAAAUUCCACUGCCUUUUCUUCUAUUUAGCCUUCUGGCCUCUCACUCCUUUCUCUGUCUCUCUCUCUCUCUCUCUCUCUCCCUUUUUAGCUGACCUUUUCACACUCGCACCCCCAGACACACCCCCAGACACACACCCAGACACAGUGUGGUAACAUUGUUUUAUCUGCUCUCUGCAGCGCGUGGCGCUCAGUCUGGAGGAUGACGGAUUCCCCUGAGGGGCGCGCCAUGUCCCCAUCCACGUCCUCCCCCCUCCGUAUCCCGGGGCGACCACACUGCAGAGGAGAGGGGCACAGAGAGAGAGAGAGAAAGAGAGUCUGCUCGUACCGUACCGUACCGUAGACCCCCCCAUGGACAGGGGGGGGGGGGGGUUAUCUUUUACUUAUACGUGUACCCCUCAACCCGUGUCACUAAAACACGUCCCUCUCUCUCUCUCUUACUCCUAACUAAAAAUGAACUACUACAUUACUACUACUACCACUACUACUAGCUACUACUGUGCUGUCCUCUGCCCUUCUCUCAGCCCCCAUUAGUUAGUACGUUACUGUAGUUACCAGUAGUGGUGAAUGCUGCUGUCUGUCUUAAUGAUGAUUAACAUCGUUGCCCAUCAGAGCACAUAAAUAGAUGCUGACUGGACCUCCCUGAGCACCUUGAUGUAGUCUACUUUGCCAGGAACAGAGGAAAGGCCAGCUGUGUUUUAAUUAUUAUUUUGUGUUUGAAUUUUAUUUAUUGUUUGUGUUUUGCUGGUGUAAAUAUGAUAAGCCGGACCAGGCCUGUGCCACUGAGGAUAGGCUACGCGUGGGCAGAGCCAAGUUGGAUGGUGGUGAGGGGGGGGGGGGGGGUUAAGGGAGUGGGAUUUGUAGGGAGGGGCUGUUGUGCCAGAGGGCAGCGCCACAAGAAGAAGCAGCAGCAGGGCAGAACUCGGGGGAGGGAGGAUUAUGGGUAAUCCGCUCUGCUGGCAUCAGAGAUACACAAAAGUAACUAGAUAAUGAACAGGUGUACAGGGGACGGGUUGGGAUGGGGGUUGGGGGCGGGAGACGAGAGAGGAGGGGGUCUUUUUUGAAACUAGGAACUGUACAAGCCCUGCUGUUGUUGGACUCUGUCUGGGAGUAGGUAAGACUUUGGAAGAAUUGUUGUGAGUGAGUCAUUGUUCCAACGUCAAGCACUGGAUUUAAAUAUAAGGGAAAAUGGUCACAUAAUAAUGCUAAAAUUCUGAAUAUGAGGAACCAAUGGAGAUGCAGAACAUGGCUGUCUGAGUUCUCCUGUGUUAGUCAUUGCACUGUUGAUGAGAAAAAUGAGAACCUGCUGAUUGAAGGUACUGAAUUCAACUACUCCAUCUGUUUUCUGCAAGAAAGCACAUAGGCUUGAGCUGGUACACAUUCUAGUACAUGCACACACAGACACAAAGAAAACACAUUUCAGGCAACCCGAUUCUGUAAUUCUUUUCCCCCCACUAAUUGGUCUUUUGACCAAUCAGAUCACCUCUGAAAAAGAUCUGAUAUGAUUGGUCAAAAGAAAAAUUUGUGGGGGGGGGGGCAGGGAUCUGAAUUGGGCUACAUGUCUAAACGCAGCCAAAGAAGCACACACAUACAAACAUAAUUUGGCAGGGUGCAUUUGUAGCGCUCACAGCACAGCUCACUGGUUGAUUGGUUGAUUAAUGAUAGCUAUACAUCAUGGCUCCCUUUCUUCCAAUAGAAAUGUCUGCUUCCAGGGUCCCUACGGGGGGUGGGGGGGAUGGGAGAAAUACUGACAGGAACAGGAAGGGUCUUCCAGGAUUAGAUCUGCCCUCCCCUCCAGAAUGGACCGCUCUGCUCCGGAACUCUGCUGAAGAUGAAUGGAAGUGAUUUAUCUCUGUAGAACGCUGCUGACAUGGUGUCCUGUUAAUCUGACACGCACUUCCAACACAGCCUUCAGUAGGCAGUUACUAUAGCAUCGUUACACUAGCUACUGUCUGCGGGUUUCAAUAGGAAGUUAGUCUCUUUCCACUACUGUUGUGUGCCCAUAUAUAGAUCCAUGCCAUGUGUUACUCUACACAUAAAAGUGGAUUUGUGGUUAUUGGAAUUUAUUUAUAUUGAGUGAACUGACCAAUUUAUGUGGAACCCAGAGCUUCCGGAACCCACAGUUGUCUCUGUGCUGCAGUGUUCAGAGGACUGUAUUCUUCUCACGUUUUACUGAAGGAGAUUUUACUGAAGGACCGUCUAAAAAUUGUACUAUGUUCUUCUAUCCUUCACGCCUCUCGCUAUUCAUCACACAAGGUUGUAGUUUGUGGCCUCCAUCAAUUCUCAAAGGCAAUACAAAGUAACAAUGCAGCGUUUACAGUGCACAGUGCCCUCUUGACUGAGCUUGGUUUAUUUAAGACAUCUAUACAUAGACAGUUUGUUUAUGGGUAUCAUUUAAGAGCAGCCGCUGACGAUCUGUAUAUUUACGGACGUGACGAUUUAAUCGAUGGUUUUGCUCUCAGGCAAACCAGGUGAUCUAGAUACAAGAAAGUAUUCACACCCCUUGACAUUUUCCACAUUUUUUUUAUGUUACAGCCUGAGAUUAAAGUGGAUUUAAAUUUAGAUUUUGUGUCACUGAUCUACACACAAUACCCCAUAAUGUCAAAGUGGAAUUGUUUUUACAAAUGUUUACAAAUUUAAAAGAAAAAGCUGAAAUUUCUUGAGAAUAAUUAUUCAACUCCUUUGUUAUGGCAAGCCUAAAUAAAUUCAAGAGUAAAAAUGUGCUGACCAAGUCCCAUAAUAAGUUGCAUGGACUGACUCUGUGUGCAAUAAUAGUGUUUAACAUGACUUUUAAAUGACUACCCCAUCUCUGUACCCCACACCUACAGUUAUCUGUAAGAUUCCUCAGUCAAGCAGUGAAUAUCAAGCACAGAUUCAACCACAAAGACCAGGGAGGUUUUCCAAUGAUUCGCAAAGGGCACCUAUUGGUAGAUCGUAAUUUUGUUUUUAAAAAGCUGACAGUGAAUAUCCCUUUGAGCAUGGUGAAGUUAUUAAUUACACUUUGGCUGGUGUAUCAAUACACCCAGUUACUACAAACAUACAGGUGUCCUUCCUAACUAAGUUGACGGAGAGUGAAAAGAAGGAAGCCUGUACAGAAUAAAAAUAUUGCAUCUUGUUUGCAAUAAGGCACUAAAGUAAUACUUCAAAAAUAUGUCUAAGCAAUUUACUUUAUAUCCUGAAUACAACGUGUUAUGUUUGGGGCAAAUCCAAUACAACACAUUACUGAGUACCACUUUUCAUAUUUACAUUCAUGAUGUUGGCUGCAUCAGGUUAUGGGUUUGCUUGUCAUCGGCAAGAAAGGAUCAAAAGAAACGGAACUGAGCUAAGCACAGGCAAUCUUAGAGGAAAACCUGGUUCAGUCUGCUUUCCAACAGACACUGGGAGACAAAUUUACUUUUUUUCAGGACAAUUACCUAAAACACAAGGCUAAAUAUACAUUGGAGUUGCUUACCAAGAUGACAUUGAACAUUCCUGAGUGGCCUAGUUACAGUUUUGACUUAAAUUGGCUUGAAAAUGUAUUGCAUGACUUGGCAAUGGCUGUCUAGGAAUGAUCAAUAACCAACUUGACAGAUUUUGAAGAAUUUUUUUAAGAAUAAUGGGCAAAUAUUGUACAAUCCAGAUGUGCAAAGCUCUUAGAGAAUUACCCAGAAAUACUCACAGUUAUAAUUGCUGCUAACAUGUAUUGACUCUGGUUGUUGAAUACUUAUCUAAUAAAAAUAUAUGUGUUUUAUUUUUUACUUCAAAUUUUUUCUUCCACUCUAUUAUAGACAUUAUAGUAUUCUGUGUAGAUCGUUGACAAAGAAAAUGACAAUUAAAUCAAUUUUAAAUCCACUUUGUAACACAACAAAAUGUGGGAAAAAGUUGGUGUGAAUACUUUCUGAAGGCACUGUGUCCUGCACAUGGUGCUCUGCCUGUCCGUUAACUGGCACCUUGUGUGUUUUGAUUCUUCUUUCAUUUCUGUGUGUAUGUACUUUAGGAUAACUCUCUUUGUUAGGAUCUGGAACUCUACGCUACUUCGGCUGUGAUGUAUACAUUACAUUAGGAGCAUUAUAUAGAGCAUUGGUCUUUCUAUGGAUGUUUUAGUGUCUUUAACCCUAGUGGCCAGUAUCCUUGGCAACCAUGGCGUGUGUCCAGAGCCUUGAGGUGAUCAACUCAACAUGUAAGCGUUCAGAAAACUCUUGAUGCUUCAACAUCUCUCCACUACUAUAUGCCGUUGAAGCACAGAGAUCUUUUUAAACACUGAAGGAGUCGCUCUUAGUUUCUGAUGGACACUAACAGAACAGUGAUUUCACGAGGCUCUGGAUUCGUCACGGCUCCUAGGUCGACAAGUGGCACAAACCCUCAGUAGAUGUGUUUGUUCUAGUUCUUUUUUUUAACCAUCCUCUCGUCUCCCAUCCUUUUCUCUAUGCAUGUUCUAAUGGCGGAUCCUCACUCAAGGGAGCCAGGCCCAUGCGGCUCCGUCAUCAGACUGUAUUGUGACUAACACCACUCGCAUCAUAUCACCUCUCAAUGCAACUCUCGCUCAAUCUCUCUCGCCUCCUCUUGGCCAUUAACACUUUUGUUUUCACAAGGGCUUAUCUUUCUGGAAGGGUAGACUAAACACACUGGAAGAACAGGAGAAAAGGGAAACACUAUGGACUGGAACACACCCACGAGCUCAAGAACCCUCGCCAACACUCCGGAAGUGGAACCCAGAGAUGACCCCCAGUACAGUGUUUGUCUGUUGAAAGAAACAUGAUUCUGGAACCCUUAGUGAUUCUCCUCCAUGCGCCGUAUGUUGUUAUAGUUAAUAUAACCUAGUGACUCUCCUGCUUGGUUGGUUUCUCUCUGUGUGAAUAAGAUAUGGUCAUUGUCCCUCCUCAGUCCUCACAACAACACUAGUUGAUGUUUUACUGGAUGUGUAAUACUUGAAGGAUCAUGCCUAGUUCAGAAUCCUUCUUUUUUUUACCUGUUAGUGUUGUAAAAUGGCUUUUGGGGGUUUCAGAGGGCAGUGUUUAGGAAGGAAAGGGAGGGAGAGAGGUGUUCAUAAGGAAAUGUAAAAUGUUCUCGGUCAAACCUUCAUUCCACAGCCAUAUCAUACCGGAUACAUUUUGUACGUUGUUUGUUGCACAAACUUUUCAAGAAGCCUUCUGCACUGUGUAAAGGGCACAUAGGAGGGGAGGGGUGAUCGUUACAGUCCAGUACAGUUUUGAAUCAUAACUUGUAAAUACGUUUUUAUACAACAAAACUUUUGAUAAUGUUUUAAACAUACAGUGCCUUGCAAAAAUAUUCAGACCUCUUGGAUUUCUUCACAUUUUGCUGUGUUUACAAAGUGGGAUUCAAAUGGAUUUAAUAGGCAUUUUUUGUCAACAAUCUACAUAAAAUACUCUGUAACGUCAAAGUGGAACAAAAAUUCUAACCUAUUUUUUAAGAUGAAUAAGAAUGAAACAACUAAAAUAUAGUCCUUACAUACAUAUUCAGCUCCCUGAGUCAGUACAUGUUAGAAACAUAUUUGGCAUUGAUUACAGCCAGGCACAUGCACAGAUACGGCUCUACCUGUGCAGAGCACAGCCCUUCCAGUCUCCAAAGUGCCGUUUUCGGCGGUAGCAGAUUUUUUUUGGGGGGGGGGGGAUACAUUUUGUGUCCAUUUGGUGUCCGUUCUGAAUCUACUGGCAGCAAGUCAUCGUCAAAAAGAGAGUAGGGCAGGCCUACGUUUAUAUUAUCCAUAUAAAAUGGUUUCGAAAUCAACUACGGAGGCAUCUUUGCCAGAACAAUAAUAGGCUACCUGGUGAUUUGAUUGAUCAUUUUCCCGUCUGUUAGUUUCGGUGGCUACAGUAUGCAAGAUAAGCAGCUGUAACAUCGUACUUACUUCAAUAUUAUGGGAUGAAGAUGUAACAUAUUCUGGCAAAUUUAUUACGAUAUUUAAUUAUUAGAUUAUAAAAAUAUUAUAUUUUGAAAAUCUUCUAUUUUGAGUGGAACAUGUAUUACAGUUGUAAGUACUUUUACCCAAAACUUUACUGAUCAGAUUGUGCAACUUUCCCCUCUUGUAAUAAUAGGAGUCUGUGACCAGGGAUGCGGAAAAUAUUUGCCCGUUAUUCUUUGCUAAAUUCUUCAAGCUCUGUCAAGAUGUUGGAGGUCAUGGCUAGACAGCAAAUGUCAAGUAUUGCCAUAGAUUUUCAAGCACAUUUAUGUCAAAACUGUAACUUGGUCACUCAGGGACAUUUACUGUUUUCUUGGGAAGUUACUCCAGUGUAAAUGUGGCCUUGUGUUGUAGGUUAUUGUCCUUCUGAAAGGUAAAUUCCUCUCCCAGUAUCUGGUGUAAAACAGACUGAAGCAAGUUUCCUCUAGAAUUUUUCACAUGUGCUAAGCUCCGUCCUGUUUUUUUUAAUCCUGAAAAACUCCCCAGUAUUUGCUGAUGUCAAGCAUACCCAUAACAUGAUGCAGCCACCAUCAUGCUUGAAAAUAAGGAGGCAGUAACUGAGUGAUGUGUUGUGUUGGAUUUGCA